CUCUCCAGGCUCCCGCUGGGGCGGUCCGUGCUGGCCGCCUCGGGCAGGCGCUCUGAGGAACCGGGACCAGGCUUCGGAUGAACGAGCUUACUCAGCACGGCUGUAAACGGUCCCUGGGCUUCCAGUGGCAUCUGAUCAGAUUGCCUGAGCCUAUGGCUGUUUUGGGAAGGUCGAAGGCACAAAAACCUUGGUGGAUAAACGACACCAACAGCAAAUCUGUCAGAGCCUUACCACGGCAAAGACGUCAUUCUGUCUUAGAAAGGUUCUCUAAUGAUCUUGUUUCACCAUGGCAACCAAUAUGGAGGUGCUGGCUCAGCAGGUAGUGGAGGCUCAGCAGGUGGCUGAGGAAAUGCACCGUGGUUACGUAGUGUGAUGGUUGUAUCUUGCCACUGGAGAGAUCGCUCCAUCUCAAGAGUGUAUGAAGCUCUGUGAUUUCUUCCUGGCCGGUGCAGACUGUUCAGACUUCACUCUCUGAAUCUCCAGUGAUGACCAGCCCUUCCCAACGUAUCCAGAUAAUUUCCACAGACUCCUCUGUAGCUUCACCACAACGCAUCCAGAUUGUGACAGAUCAGCAAACAGGUCAAAAAAUCCAAAUAGUGACAGCAGUGGACUCAGCUGUGUCUCCAAAGCAACAGUUUAUUUUAGCCAGUCCAGAUGGAACUGGGGCAGGAAAGGUGAUACUGGCAGCACCGGAGACAUCUAAUGCCAAACAGCUUAUCUUCACCACCACGGACAACAUUGUGCCAGGCAGAAUUCAGAUAGUGACAGACUCUGCUUCAGUGGAACGUUUGCUCGGAAAGGCUGAUGUUCAGCGGCCCCAGGUAGUAGAGUAUUGCGUAGUCUGUGGUGAUAAAGCAUCAGGUCGUCACUAUGGUGCUGUCAGUUGUGAGGGAUGCAAAGGCUUCUUUAAAAGGAGUGUGAGGAAGAAUUUGACCUACAGUUGUCGUAGCAACCAGGACUGUAUCAUCAAUAAACACCACCGGAAUCGGUGCCAGUUUUGUAGGCUUAAGAAAUGUUUAGAGAUGGGCAUGAAAAUGGAAUCGGUUCAAAGUGAGAGAAAGCCUUUUGAUGUGCAACGUGAAAAACCAACCAACUGUGCAGCUUCCACUGAAAAAAUCUAUAUCAGAAAAGACCUACGAAGCCCUCUAAUAGCAACUCCAACAUUUGUGGCAGAUAAAGAUGGGACGCGAUGCCGUAUGCUUUUGAGCAGGUCAGCAGGUCUUCUUGACCCAGGAAUGCUUGUGAAUAUUCAGCAGCCUUUGAUCAGGGAUGAUGGUACAGUCCUCCUAGCUGCUGACUCCAAGGCUGAAACAAGCCAGGGUGCUUUAGGAACACUAGCAAAUGUUGUAACAUCUCUUGCUAAUCUCAGUGAGUCACUAAAUAACGGAGAUACUUCUGAAGUACAACAAGAAGAGCAAUCUGCAAGUGAGAUUACACGGGCAUUUGAUACUUUGGCUAAAGCACUUAAUACCACAGAUGGUACAGCAGCUCAUAACUUGGCAGAUGGGAUGGAUCCUACAGGAGGAGGGAAUAUUCAUGUAAUCAGUAGAGAUCAGUCAACACCAAUUAUUGAAGUGGAAGGACCACUACUUACAGAUACACACGUCACAUUUAAGCUGACGAUGCCCAGCCCGAUGCCCGAGUACCUGAACGUGCACUACAUCUGCGAGUCAGCGUCACGGCUGCUCUUCCUCUCUAUGCACUGGGCCAGGUCCAUACCUGCAUUUCAGGCUCUUGGGCAGGACUGUAACACCAGCCUCGUGCGUGCCUGCUGGAACGAGCUGUUCACCCUCGGGCUGGCGCAGUGCGCGCAGGUGAUGAGCCUGUCCACCAUCCUGGCAGCCAUUGUCAACCACCUCCAGAACAGCAUCCAGGAAGAUAAACUCUCUGGAGACAGAAUAAAGCAAGUCAUGGAACACAUCUGGAAGCUUCAGGAGUUCUGUAACAGCAUGGCCAAGCUUGAUAUUGAUGGAUAUGAGUAUGCAUACCUUAAAGCUAUAGUCCUCUUUAGCCCUGAUCACCCUGGUCUCACCAGUUCAACCCAAAUAGAAAAAUUCCAGGAGAAGGCACAGAUGGAGUUGCAGGACUAUGUUCAAAAAACCUAUCCAGAAGAUACUUAUAGGCUAGCCCGGAUUCUAGUUCGCCUGCCAGCUCUUAGGCUGAUGAGCUCUGGCAUUACUGAGGAACUCUUUUUUACUGGUCUCAUUGGAAAUGUUCCCAUUGACAGCAUAAUCCCCUACAUUCUCAAAAUGGAAACAGCAGAAUAUAAUGGUCAAAUAACUGGCACGUCUGCAUAGUGGGAACAAGACAACUUGAUGGAUCAGAGUAAUUUUCAUAAAAACAUACAAUUACGAAGUUAAAAGACUAGCAUUUUGGUAUUUGUACACAUUGAUGAGAUCCCCUCCUGAACCUUCUCUUCUUCAGGCUGAACAGUCCCAGCUCUCAGUCUUUUCUCAAAUGUGAGGUGCUCCAGUCUUUUCAUCAUCUUCAUGGCCCUUUCUUGAACUUUCUCCAGUACGUCCAUGUCUCCUGUACUGAGGAGCCCAGCACUCUAGCCUUGCCAGUGCUGAGUAGAGGGGAAGGAUCCCCUCCCUCCAUCUGCUGUCAACAACUGGUCUAGUGCAGGCCAGGAUACCAUUACCCUUCAUUGUGGCAAGGGGCUGUUGCUGGGUCAUGUUCAAGUUGGUGUCCACCAGGACCCUCAGGUCCUUUCUGCCAAGCUGCUUUCCACCUGGAUGGCCCCGAGCAUGUUUUGGUGCCUGGGGUUUUACCUCCCCAGGGGCAGGACUUCAUGCUUCCCCUUUUUGAACUUCAUGAGGUUUCUGUUGGCCCAUUUCUCCAGCCUGUUGAGGCCCCUCUCAGUGGCAGUACGACCCUCUGGUGUACAAAGCAGUGAAGCUGCUCAUCUGUCAGUGAUCUAGGUGUAAUGUAGCAGUGGAAAUAUUUUAGCUCAUUGAAAGAUUUUUCUUUCUGUGUAUGUCCAUUGGCAGAAGAUGUUCAAGAGGCACAGAACUGAUGAAGGGAUUAUUUCUGCCAACAGUUUAGGUGUUGCUUAGUAGCAACAGAAGAAAGUGGGCCUUGCAACGUUGUUCUUGCUCUAUGUUAACCUUUGACAUUAUUUUCAGCCUCUUCCAGUCGCUGGGCUUUCAGGCCACUCUUAACAUACCAACUGUAGAACAAUGUACACAGUACAGCUGCAGACUGAAGCAAGUUUUAAACUAUCUGCAGAAAAUCCUACAAGGCUGAUGGAGGUAGGGUUGUUCCAUCCCCCCUACCAGUAACUGGAUAAUGGUAAAAGGCUAAGCUUACUAGGUUUACUUUUAAAUUAGUUUAAUUUUGUUUCUUCUUUGCAAAUGCAAACUUCUGCUUAUUAGUAUGGGAGAGGACAGUUUUUAUUAUUGAAAACCAUUUAUUGAUUUUAAGUAUGGAAUACCUUGUCUUUAUAAAGGCCAAAUUUCAAUGCCAAACUUGGGUUCCCAAGCUGGGAGUAAAUGCAUCACAGUCUGUGUGUGAUUCUAAGGAAAGUGACAUCUCACUGAAGCUUUACUUAGUGCCUAAAAUUCACGUUAUCAGUUCACACUUAUCAACGUGUAGGAGCAUUUUGAGUUAGCUUUGAAAUACUGAUUUUUAUUGCAUUUGUGACAAGGUCAGGCAAGUAUACUACUUUUCUUCCCUUAAUUUACUUACAUGGGAAUAAAGAGACACAGAACAAAGACCAUGUGCAAAAGUCAUCUCUCUCUGCCUAUUUACACUGUCAAUUAGAAAGACUGCUUUUGGUCCCACUGGAGUUACUCUGGCAUGAAGCUGGUACAGGAGGAAAAAGUAAUCUCCAAGGUGAGAUCCUUCAAAGAGAUCAUACAGCCUUUAUUUUAGCUGCCUUAAAAUGUUAGAUUAUUAAGGACACUUAGUUUUCAGAGCACUCUAAGGCAACAAACUAUUGUUGGUCACCACUGAUUACUUGGUAUCAUUUAGCAAGUCUCUUUCUACCAUCAUCUGAAGCACCUGGGCCUGAGGGCAGCCCGAACACCUCCAGUGAACACCAGUGGCUCAAGACUUUUGUGCUGCAACAGCUGGCUCUGCAGUGUCAUUACAGCACCCUUUGGUACUAUAUUCUGAGGUGUGAGAGGGAAAGCAAGUCAGGGCUGAAGUUCUUAUUGUUUGAUGAAAAAUGCUCUAACCCCUCUUGUUAGAUAAUGCUACAACCCUACUUCUGCUGCAGUCAGUGUUAGCAACAUGAUAUGGGAAAUAAUUUGUGAAAAAAAAAAAAAAAAAAAUAGAACAUUGUUUAUACUGAGGUUGCAAGUUAAAGUAAAAUUCUUUGUAAAGUUUAAAAGCUCUAAAUCUAAAUAUAUUAGACUUGGAAAACAUCAAACCCCAGAAUUACCUUAUUACUGAGCUUUUUGCUGUGAAGUCAUGCUGAGUUCCUCACAGAUAAUACUGUCAUAAUGUUCCAUAAUUCCACCAGCCUGUUUUGUCCUCUGAGUUAAAUGACUGCUUUGAAAAUAGCUUCUUAUUGUUAAAUUCAUGCCUGUCUUCCUUCUUUUUAAAGGGUUUGAUAGUUUUUUACACAUCUUCAUUUUGUGCCUCCCACCAUUGUGCAUUUCUGCAUGUUCAAUUCUAAAACUCACUUGAGCAGCUAAUGCAUAUGUACAUAGUUGUAUGUGUCUAUGAAUGUAUAUGUUUAUACCUAUCUGUCUAAAUAUAUUCUGUACAGUGUAUAGAAUGUGUGCAGUGUAUAUAUUAAUGUACAUAGGAGAUGUAGCCAUGUGUUCAUACCAUUCUAUAUGUAAAAGCUUUUUAUUCAUUUGCUAA